AUGUUGGAAAUCACAAGCAAGAGCUCGCCGGUAGGCUCUACGAUAUUCGCGCUCUGCGCUCUCUUCGUCAUAUCGCUCGUCGUCCUUGGCAUCUUGCGACACUAUCUCCCACUUCGAUCGACCCCUGCCUUCUAUCUCUUGCCCAUAUUCUUUGCGCUCUGGCUACCGUCAGUGGUGGUGGUUCUCGUUCCGAUCGACCUGGCAUCGAGCGCAAUCACGGACGAUGAUGCUUCACGCGGAAUAUGGCUUCCCGAGCGAGCCAUUCUGGUCUCCUGGCGCAUCACGUACUGGCUGACAUUUGUCCUGACAUGGUUCCUUCUCCCCAUCCUUGCCGAAUACUCCGACUCGGGUUACCGUGAACCAAGCGCGAAGCUGGCAUACUCCUUACGAUCGAACGCCCAGUUCAUGGGUAUGGUCCUGUUGGCCAGUCUUCUCGGCCUCAUCUACGUGGUCAUCUCGUAUGGGUUCAAUUUCGCCUCGCUCAAGGGACUAGUCAUGGCAUUGGGCUAUGUCUACGGCUUGGUUCUCGCCAUCUACCUCAUGGGUCAUGGACUCGUCUCAAUACCCCGCCGCCUGAUUCGCAACGCCAGUAUUACGGGUCGACUUCGCCGUCUACAAACCAAGGCACCGCGGCUGUACGAGCGUAUGCAGGAUUCCCUGGUCAAUCUGGAAGAGCUGGAGUAUCAAGUUUCGGAGCUAAGCAGGCGCAAGGUGGGCAGCGCUGCCGACUUCAGAGACUGGAUCGAGGAACUGCAGGAGCUGGCCGACGUGGGCGAACACCAUGCGCCACCGACGACAAUCGAUCCCACGGCAAACCGAAUCAUCCCGACCGUCAUCACCGAAAAGUACCUUGCGGACCUGACCCGAAACCUCAUGCGUGCCCGACAUACCCGCUCGCGAUACGUCAGCCAGUGGAACCAUAUGAUCCAAGAAGCCGCGGAGACACAAGCAAUCAUCGAUUCUGCAGCCUCGAAGAAGCUAGAUUUCGGCGACGCAGACCCUCAUGCGGGCCUGUGGGAAAGGACCAGGGUCCUAACACCAUACGCGCGGCACAUGCUGCAUUUCCAAGUGCUGCCCUACGCUCAGGUGCUGCUGGGCCUCUUCCUCGCAGCAUCGUCGGCGUGCAUUGUUUGGUCAGAAGUCAUCAAAGUGGCUUUCCCAAGGCUUUCCGUCAUUCGGUUCACCGUCGUCCAUCACUGGAGCAAGGACAAAGCCGAGGUUGGCUUUGCCGGGCAAUGCAUUGCCUCGUUCUGGAUCUGCUACAUGUGCGCUGCUGCGCUCAUCACCAUGACCGAGGUCAAAACUUGGCGUGGGCGCGCCCUUGUGAAGCGCAACACGGCCUACGAGUCGGCCUUCUGGUACGCUCUGCAAGUUGCGAAGCUUACAGUACCCAUAUCAUACAACUUUAUGACCUUUUUAGUCCGCAGAGUGUACACCAAAACGGUGUUCUACAAGUUCUUUGGUGAGUCCAUCGACUUGACACCAUUGGGUCGCUGGUUCGACGAUCUGUUGCCCGUUUUCGUCUUGCUUCCUGUGGUUGCCACUUUAUUUGGCGUUUACGGCAAAAUCAAGCGCAUUUUUGUUGGGCUCGACGUCGUGGAGGAUGAGGAGGAGAACCCUUCAGCCUUUGGUACAGGAACAUGGCGUGAGGGUCGGGACCUCAUUGAACGUGAGCUACGUGGCAACACAACUGGGCGUCGGCAGGAUGCUUUCGCCCGCCUAGCCAGUGCCACCGGCAACCCCAGUCAUUCUGCGCCGGUUCUCUCCAUCCCUUCGGCGAGAAGGCAAGGCACCUCGCCGGCUCGCUCACCGGUCCGUCCAGCACUGGCGAGCAAUAGCAACAACGGGCGCGCAGGCCAAUCCUCAAGAACAUCGCGUCUCGAAGAACCGGAAGAUGACAAUAUCUUUGCAAUCAUUGGUCAUCGCAUGAAGAACACCAUUGACACCAUCGAUACACCCCGGUGGAUGCAAGAUUUCAAGAAGCCCAAGUGGAUGGGAGGUGAUGAUGACGCUGAGAGUGGCCCCCAGCCACAAGAACGACCAGGUGGCGGCGAGCGCAAUAACUCAGACAUCCGGCGAUGGUUCGGCGGUGAUAGCGGAAUCAGACUGUAG